AUGCCUUAUUUAUUCAAGCUCCUUGUGUUGAUCUUCUGUCUCAUCAUCAUAACAGAAAGCAAAAAGCACAGGAGAAGGAGGUGGGCAGGUCAGAUGGAAAUGCAGAAACAGACCAGCCCAGUGUACAAAAAGAAUCAUGACAUGACCAAGGUUCGAAGGAAUAAAAAUGAUCAGCUUCUCCGAGUUGAUGACCAUGACUUUACUAUGAGGCCAGCAUUCGGAGGUCCUGCAAUUCCUGUUGGUGUGGAUGUACAAGUAGAGAGCCUGGAUAGUAUUUCUGAAGUUGAUAUGGACUUCACCAUGACACUGUAUUUAAGGCACUACUGGAAGGAUGAGCGGCUGUCAUUUCCAAGCAGCACCAAUAAAAGCAUGACAUUUGAUAGUAGACUGGUGAAGAAGAUAUGGGUUCCCGAUGUCUUUUUUGUUCACUCCAAAAGAUCCUUUAUUCAUGACACAACUACAGAUAACAUCAUGUUGCGUGUCUAUCCAGAUGGACAUGUCCUCUACAGUAUGAGAAUUACUGUGACAGCUAUGUGCAACAUGGAUUUCAGUCGCUUUCCUCUGGACACCCAGACAUGCUCUUUGGAGCUAGAAAGCUAUGCCUACACUGAUGAAGAUUUGAUGCUGUACUGGAAAAAAGGAAACGAGUCCUUAAAAACAGACGAGAAGAUCUCGUUGUCACAGUUUUUAAUACAGAAAUUUCACACUACAUCUAGACUUGCCUUCUACAGUAGCACUGGAUGGUACAAUCGCCUAUACAUAAGCUUCACCUUACGACGCCACAUCUUCUUCUUUCUACUUCAGACAUAUUUCCCAGCAACUCUGAUGGUUAUGUUGUCUUGGGUAUCAUUCUGGAUAGAUCGCAGAGCUGUCCCUGCAAGAGUCUCUUUGGGUAUAACGACCGUGCUGACCAUGUCAACCAUCAUAACUGGAGUAAACGCCUCUAUGCCACGCGUUUCAUACAUUAAAGCUGUGGACAUUUACCUCUGGGUCAGUUUUGUGUUUGUCUUCUUAUCAGUGUUAGAAUAUGCAGCAGUGAAUUACCUGACCACAGUGCAAGAAAGGAAGGAGAGAAAACUGAGGGAUAAGUUUCCGUGUACAUGUGGAAUGUCUCACACUAAAACUAUGAUGUUGGAUGGAAUUUAUGGCGAUCCUGACUCAAACAGCCUUGCUGGAUACACUAGGACCCAAAUUGUGAAUGAAGAUGUGGAGAAGCAGGACAAAAUGGUAGUGCAUUUGGCUUUGAACCCCAAUUCAAAUUCCUCCAGGAAAAAAGUUCGUAAGGGCCAUGUUGGACUAUUCAUAAUGCAAAACACUCAUGCUAUCGACACUUAUUCAAGGAUGAUAUUUCCUGGCUCAUUUAUUUUUUUUAACUUGAUAUAUUGGUCUGUGUUUUGCUAGGAAACCAUAGCAAAAGUAUUUCCUGAAGGAAAAAAAGAAAAACUUUAAUCAAUAUUAUUUUAAGAGCAUUGUCUGAACAUUAUUUUGAUUUUCUAGAAAUGUCGUCAAUACCUUCAAAAAGUUAAAUAAGAUGAGAUUAUGAUAAUGGAUCCAGUGAGGUGGUAGAUAAACGCCAUAACUAGGUAGAAAAGACAACUACACAGUGUAACUCAUCAUAUUUCUGCAUAGAAGAAUACUAUUAUUUUCAUUGCUUUACCAGGAUAACAAAUAGAUCACUGUGGGUUUUCAACAUUUUUCAGUACUCUCUACUCACUUUACCAAGGUGGAUUACCGGACUGAUUUAAAUUCAGCAACAAAAAAAAAAAAACCAAUGUAUUAUGCCUGGUUUUUAUUUUCACGACCAU